AUGACGAACAACAAGCAAGAAACAAUCCAACUCCAUCAGCAAUAUCAUACAUCAUCCCCUUUGGACAGCAGUGAAGACAUCUCGUCUACACACGAGAGUGAGAAAAACUACCCAACCGGAUCGAAACUGAUACUUAUCGUAACAUCAAUUAUACUAUCCAUGUUUCUUGUGGCCCUGGACCGAACCAUUAUCGCCACGGCCGUGCCCCAAAUCGCCAAACAAUUCAACGCCCUCGCCGAUAUCCCCUGGUACGCCAGCGCCUACCUGUUGACCAGCUGCGCCACCCAACUUACAUGGGGCAAAAUCUACACUUUCUACUCCACCAAGACCGUCUUCCUGCUGGCAAUCCUCAUCUUCGAGGUUGGAUCCGCCUUGUGCGGCGGUGCUCCCAGUUCAACUGUCUUUAUUGUUGGACGAGCAAUCGCCGGCAUUGGCUCCGCGGGGAUAUUCUCGGGCUCAUCCAUCGUUAUUGCGCAGAUUGUCCCAUUGGCCAAACGGCCAAUCUACGUGGGACUUAUGGGUUCGACGUUUGGAGUCUCGUCGAUUGUCGGACCGCUGAUGGGUGGUGCAUUUACGGAUAAAGUCACCUGGCGCUGGUGUUUUUAUAUCAAUCUGCCCAUUGGGGGCUUUACUAUGCUCGUAUUGUUCCUUUUUCUGGCGGUGCCUUGCGAGCCUCGAUUCUGCGGAUGGAAAGAGCAACUUCUUCGUCUUGAUCCACUGGGUAGCAUCCUCUUCUUACCCUCGGUUGUCUGCUUUUUGCUCGCUUUGCAAUGGGGCGGCACUAUGUAUGCCUGGAAUAACGGUCGAAUUAUCGCACUAUUCGUGCUAUCGGGUGUCCUGGCCAUAUCCUUCGUUGGCGUACAAGUUCAAUUACAGGAAACCGCCACCGUUCCACCUCGAAUCAUCAAACAACGCAGUAUCCUCAGCGGAGUCAUUUUCGCAGCAUGCGUCGGAGGAGCCCUCAUCUCAAUGCUCUAUACGCUUCCACUCUGGUUCCAAGCCGUGCGCGGCGUCUCGGCCAUCAAUUCAGGCAUUGACACCAUCCCCAUGGUUCUUUCGCUCGUCGUCGGCGCGAUUCUAUCGGGUGCCAUCAUCUCCGCAACAGGAUAUUACGUCCCCUGGAUGUUCGUCGCCACCAUCUUGAUGUCCACCGGUGCAGGCCUCAUGACGAAUUUUCAACUAGACACCAAUCACGCCUCAUGGAUCGGAUACCAAGUCCUCUUCGGCUUGGGAAUCGGCCUCGGAAUGCAACAGUCAUCGCUUGCAGCGCAAACAGUCCUACAAGACCAGGAGAAAGAUGUCCCCGUCGGUAUCUCGCUGAUGUUUUUCGCACAGUCUCUUGGCGGGUCGAUCUUUAUUGCUGUGGCGCAGUCUCUUUUUCAGAGCUACCUGGGCGCUGCGAUGCCUCUGAUUCAUGGGGUUGAUACGGCUCGGAUCCUUGCGGCGGGAGCCACUCAGUUGUCGGAGGUUGUCCCUGCGAAAAAGCUUCACGAUGUCUUGUUGGUUUAUAAUGAAGCGUUGCGGCAUGCGUUCGUUGUGACUGUGGCGGUGUCUUGCUUGAUGAUCUUGCCUUGUGUGACGAUGGAAUGGAAGACGAUCAAGAAAGACAAGAAAAUCGAUCCUGCUGCUGCGGCUGAUGCUGCGGCUUAG